AUGAAUUAUACCGAGUCAAGCCCAUUGACAGAAUCAACUGCAAUAGGUUUUACACCUGAGUUAGAAAGUGUCAUACCCGUGCCUUCCAAUGAGACCAUAUGUGAAAACUGGAGAGAGAUACAUCAUCUAGUUUUUCAUGUAGCAAAUAUUUUUUUCACAAUUGGGUUGGUUAUUCCAACUAGUCUUCAUCUUCAUAUGAUACUUCUUAGGGGGAUGUUAACUAUAGGAUGUACCCUUUAUAUUGUCUGGGCCACUCUCUACCGAUGUGCCUUGGAUAUCAUGAUCUGGAACUCUGUGUUCCUGGGUGUCAACAUUUUGCAUCUGUCAUAUCUUUUGUACAAGAAAAGACCGGUAAAGAUUGAAAAGGAACUCAGUGGCAUCUACCGCCGAUUGUUCGAACCACUCCGUGUGCCUCCAGAUUUGUUCAGAAGAUUAACUGGCCAGUUUUGUAUGAUCCAAACCUUAAAAAAGGGCCAGGCUUAUGCUGCAGAGGAUAAAACCUCCGUUGAUGACCGUCUGAGUAUUCUCCUGAAGGGGAAAAUGAAGGUUUCCUAUCGAGGACAUUUUCUGCAUAACAUUUACCCCUGUGCCUUUAUAGAUUCACCAGAAUUUAGAUCAACUCAGAUGCACAAAGGCGAAAAAUUCCAGGUCACCAUCAUUGCAGAUGAUAACUGCAGAUUUUUAUGCUGGUCAAGAGAAAGAUUAACUUACUUUCUGGAAUCAGAACCAUUUCUGUAUGAAAUAUUUAGGUAUCUUAUAGGAAAAGACAUUACCAAUAAGCUCUACUCAUUGAAUGAUCCUACCUUAAAUGAUAAAAAGGCCAAAAAGUUGGAACACCAGCUCAGCCUGUGCACACAGAUCUCCAUGCUAGAAAUGAGGAACAGUAUAGCCAGCUCCAGUGACAGUGAAGAUGGCUUACACCAGUUUCUUCGGGGCACCUCCAGCAUGUCCUCUCUCCAUGUGCCAUCCCCACACCAGCGGGGCUCUGCCAAGAUGAAACCAAUAGAAGAAGGGGUGGAAGAUGACGAUGAGGUCUUUGAGCCCGCGUCUCCAAAUACAUUCAAAAUCCAUCAGUUGCCUUGA